UUUGCUCGGAUCUGUUCUCCUCUUCCACUAUGCGGCUGGUGCUGGUCGCUGUCAUUAUGCAGGUGGAAUCUGCGCAGUGUGCUUCAUAAUAGAGAUCUGCUACAGGGACCUCAACACACCAGUUCAUCUGGGCCCCCAAUCAGCUGGACACCGCCGUGGAAGGAAGCAGCAACAAGGCAUGGGAUAAAAGGACAAAUUGGAUUUUCUUUUCUUCAGACCUUGAAAGUAAUAUUUUGAAAAUGCUAAAAAAGCAAAUGCUAUCUUAAAAAAAACAAAAAAAAAAAACUACUUGGAUCUGCGAGGAAUGAUAACAGGGUGCUGUGUUGUUACAAAGUGACUCCUCUCUUGGCGCAGUCCAAGCAGUCGCAGAGGAUGUUAUCCAGUUCCAAAGGAAGUGAAAGUCCCAAACAGCAAAAAAGGACGUAAUCUUUUGGGCAUCUCUUCUUUUUGCGCACACCGGAGCUAUGGAUGAAGGUACCGCCAGCGACACCAUCCCAGAUCUCAAGGAUAUAGAGACAAAAAUCGGCCGUAAAACCCCCGAGGGUUUGCUGAAGUGGAUGCGAGAAGAUGCGUCUUCUCUUCGCGGGGAGGGCAAACUGGCCCCUCAUCAGGACACCAGCAAAGACACUGGAAGGAAGAGUUUGGAUGAAAAGAUUAGAAAACUCAGGAUGGAGAUGGCUUAUCUUCGCUCAGUGGAUGUCAAGAUUCUGCAACAACUGCUGGCGGUCCACGAGGGCAUUGAGGCUGUGAAGUGGCUGAUGGACGAGCGCAGCACACUAACCAGUCAUUGCAGCAGCCUGACCAGCAGUCAGUACAGUCUGGGCGAGGGCCCUGACACGUCUUGGAGAGGUUCCUGGAGCAGUCUGCAGGACCCCACUAAUGACAAGCUUGACAACAUCUCAAUUGGCAGCUACCUGGAUACUUUGGCUGAUGACAUGGACGAGUACUGCCCUUCCAGCUCAGAGUCUGUCAUUUGCUCAACCACACCACUGGUUUCAGAAACUUCUCCUGGGGGCAACACAGCUGGAGGCCCUAAAGUGUCUGGAGCAGGUUCUGCUCUGGGAGUGAGGGCUAAUAAUGGGUCUGGAAAUCGGAUUCAGUCUGGAACAAGUGACAGAGAUGAAGUGCUAGGGGGACCUGGGGUGAGCACUACUAUUAAAGGGUCUGGAGUAAGUGAGGCUGGAAAAUCAGCAGAUCCUAUCAGGUCUUACCAAGUCAAGUCACACAGCUCUAAGGAAGAGAUUCCAGUGUGGACUAAGCCUGCAGAGAUGGAUAAUGGUAGCUCUGUUUCAAAAGACAAUGCCAAAACACAAGCAAUGAAGGCCAAUGGUGCUCUGAAAAAACCUGCAACACAGAGUGGCAGUCCAACUCGCAAAGGCCUUGUUGACAAACUGGGAACGAGCCAGAGCCCAAAAGCUAAACAAUACAAAAAUGGAAAGAUUGACCUGGAUACAUGUAAAAUGAAUGGCAAAAUGCACCUGGAGUAUGAUGCUCAUUGGUUGUGGGUGCAGUCACAAGAAGAUGUGACAUUUUUGUAAAAAGGAUAAUCACAUGGGAGCCUAAAUGAAGGGAAGUACAGUGAUAAAUUAACACACUUAGUUAAAUAAACAGGGCAUGGUAGCUAUCAACGUGUUUAUCAACCCUUCCCUCGUGUGACUGCACUAUUUUUUCUGGAAAGCAUUGA